GUGCUGCAUAGUAGCAAGCGCUCCUUCUAUUCACGCUUAAUUUGAUGGGCUGCUCCACACACAUUGUCCGCUGGGCAAAUGAGGAUGCAGAACUGGGAUAAUUCGCCUGCCACGCUUGUCUUUGGGCAGCACAUCCCCCGGACUGCAGUAUCAAGGAUCUCAGAUCGGUGGUCCUAGAUCGUGACGCAGCUAGCUGCUUAACUCAAUCGUUUGAUUUGAUCCAUAAUGCCAACAACCUCGAACAGUACGCCCCCCAAAAGCGCACAGUCGCACAGCCCUUCCAAACCAUAUGGGACCCUGCAGGGACAGAAGAGUGUAUUCCGGGUAUCUUUGCGUCGGCCUCCCGGGGUGAAACCUUCUGGAAGGACCGAGAAGAGUGUCUAUCAUGCCCGGCGAGCCCAUCGGAAGUCUCGUGGUGGUUGUGUCAAGUGCAAGGAGCGAAGACUCAAGUGUGAUGAAACUAAACCACACUGUCUGCGAUGCCAAAAACAUGACCUAGACUGUUCUUAUGAGUCGCAGACGAGCUCCAAGCCUGACAAAGACAUUGGUGCGCUUGUGGCUGAGAAGGCGCCCAAAUUGAGCUCGCCAGACUCGACCGCAUAUACAAUGUCACUAUCAGCAAUUUCCAACAAGAUCAACAUGCUGCUACAGAUCAACCCUAGAGAUGGAAAGCUGUCUGACAGCCUUCGUGCCCUACACCAUUUUCAUGAAUACACAAUGCCCACCGUCAGCAACAAUACCAAUGAAGGUCUUCUCCGAAGUAAAAUGAUUCAGCUCGCAUUCCAUUCCCCGUUCCUCAUGCACACCGUCAUCGGCACCGCCGCAACCCACCUCUGCCACAUUGUCCCGGACAACAGCUCCCACGCCGCCGUCGAGGCCUACCACUGGCAAAAGGCCAUCAGCCAGUACUCGCAGGAAAUCUCGCGCAUCGGGCCUCACAACAUGGACCCUCUCUUUUCCGCCUGUCUCCUUCUAACCGUACACACCUUCCGCCUCGAGACCUACAACCCCCGCAGCUCAUUCGUCUUCUCCGACCACCCAGACUCCCUCAACUGGUUCAUGCUCCAGCGAGGCCUCAGCCACCUCCUCGGCCUAACCAGGCCCUGGCUGCGCACAAGCAUGUACUUCGACCUCUUCAUGGCGUCCCGCAAAGAGAACCCCCUCUUCGACGACGAACGGCCUGGUCGCGAGGGUCUCGAUCCCGCAUUCGCUGACCUCUGCGGCAUCGACGAGACCAGCACCAGAGCUACGAAUCCCUAUCUCUGGCCAGUGCGCAUGCUCACCCCGCUGCUCUCCGCGGAGCGCUCCAUCCGCAGCGUGAACAUGUACAUGAACUUCAUGGGCCGACUGACCGGUCCGUUCUACGAGCGGUUGCUGGCGAAGGAUCCCCCUGCGUUGCUCAUCUUGGCCUGGUGGCUGGGUCUCGUGGACUCGGUGCAUUUCUGGUGGAUGGAGACGAGGAUCAAGUCCGAGUGUGUGGCUAUCUGCAUGUAUCUGGAGUACAGCGACGAUCCGCGGGUUCUGGCGCUGUUGAAGUUUCCGGCGGAGGUGGGCGGGUAUCUAUUGCGACAUGUGCAAGAUCGAAUGGCGCUGGUUGACCUGAACAGUCCUGAGCCAUUUGGGGUCUAUAGAUAGUCACCAGACAUGCUAUGGACGGAUAGAACUCUUCCUGU